AUGGCCUCCCCGCAGCCUCAGUACCCCAGCUUUUCGUCCCCACCAAGAUCAAACCAGCAGCCUUCAGGAGUGGCCAUAGAUGACUCCAUUGCCCAGGAGGCCGAGAGCAUCCAGAAACGCAAGCUUUCUCAGAAACGAAGGACGCUGCCCACUCAGUUCUCCAUAGGCAGCCACUUGUCCCCAUGGCCCAUGCACGCCAGUGGCCAGACCAUUCUGCUGAACCGAAAGCCCUGUUCAGAGGACUACCGGAAGCGAACAGGGAGCCUGGAGAAGCAGUCCUUGGGCAUUGCCAAGCCGAGGUACCUGGAGCAGCUGGAAAACUACCUGCGCAGAGAGCUCCUCCUACUGGACCUGGGCACGGAUUCCGCCCAGGAGCUGAGGCUGCAGCCCUAUAGAGAGAUCUUCGAGUUCUUCAUAGAGGACUUUAAAACGUACAAGCCACUGCUGUCUUCCAUUAAGAAUGCGUAUGAGAUGAUGCUGGCCCAUCAGAGGGAGAAGAUUCGGGCUCUGGAGCCCCUGAAGGCUAAGCUUGUCACUGUGCACGAGGACUGCAAUGAGAGGAUACUGGCCAUGCGGGCAGAAGAGAAAUACGAGAUCUCCAUGCUCAAGAAGGAGAAGAUGAAUUUGCUCAAAGUCAUUGACAAGAAGAAUGAGGAGAAGAUCUCACUGCAGAGUGAGGUGUCCAAACUAAGGAAGAGCUUGGCUGAAGAGUACCUGCACUAUCUCAGUGAGCGAGACGCCCGGAAGAUCCUCCUCUCAGACCUGAAUGAGCUACGCUAUCAGCGGGAAGACAUGUCCCUAGCCCAGUCUCCAGGGAUCUGGGGGGAGGACCCCGUGAAGCUAACACUGGCUCUGAAGAUGACCCGGCAAGACCUGACACGCACGCAAAUGGAGCUCAACACUAUGAAAGCCAACUUUGGAGACGUGGUGCCCAGGAGGGACUUUGAAAUGCAGGAGAAGACCAACAGGGAUUUGCAGGAGCAGCUGGACAGCCUGCGGGCCGACUAUGAGGAGGUACGCAAGGAGCACGAGAUACUGCUGCAGCUGCACAUGAGCACGCUGAAGGAGCGCGACCAGUUCUUCGCCGAGCUGCAGGAGAUCCAGCGCACCUCAACACCACGGCCUGACUGGACCAAGUGCGAAGAUGUGGUGGCUGGGGGCCCAGAUCGGUGGCAUAUACUGGCCGAGGGCAAGAACAGUGACCAGCUGGUAGACGUCCUCCUGGAAGAGAUUGGCGAGGGCCUGCUCCGGGAGAAAGACUCCUUCCCUGGUCUGGGCUAUGGGGAAGCCAUCCCCACUUUUCUUCGGUUCGAUGGCACUGUGGAGAACAAGAAGCCAACGAAGAAGGAGGUGGUAAACCUCCUUAAAGAUGCCUGGAAGGAACGUCUCGCGGAGGAGCAGAAGGAGAAGUUCUCAGAUUUCUUCUUCAAUUUCCUGGAGCGUCGCUUUGGGCCCGGUGAUGCCAUGGCCUGGGCCUACACCAUUUUUGAAAACAUCAAGCUCUUCCGCUCCAAUGAGGUCAUGAGUCAGUUUUAUGCAGUCUUGAUGGGAAAGAUGGAGGAGAGUGUGUAUAUCAACCACAAGGAGACAAUUGCACAGCUGCUGAAGGAGAUGACAGCUGUUGACAGUCAGAAUGAGGGAUUCCUGCCCAUGGAGCACUUCAGCACCAUCCUCAAGAGUACCUUCCCCCUCAAGAAGGAAGAACAAAUUCAGGAGCUGAUGGAGGCAGGGGGCUGGAAUCCCAAUGGCAGUAACAUAGACCUGUUCAACUACCGCUCACUGUUUGUGGAGAGCGAUGAGGGCCAGAGUGAACCCUUUGUUCAGAAGCUUUGGGAACAGUAUAUGGAUGAGAAGGAGGCAUAUCUGCAGGAGCUAAAGCAGGAGCUGGGCCAGGAACUCUAUCAUGAGAUAGCCCUGGGUAAGCUGCGGGAAGCACUGAUGAACAUUGACCCCAGUCUGGACACUCAGACCCUGAACACCUACGUGAGCCAAGCCUUCCAGGUCCCUGUGACAGACCUGCCAGAGGAGGGCGAGGAGGAAAAAGAAGAGGGCAUUAAGACAAAGCUUCAGACCGUGAUGGAACGGCUUCUGGUGGCUGAUACCAGGCGUAUGGGGCCUCGGGGAGAGCCAGAACCUACAAGCUAG